GCGCGCUCUUCCGGGGGCGCGCUCCGUAACCGACCGCAUGCCCCUAAGACGGGCGAGCUGCGACUUGUUGUGCGUUCGCGGCCCUGGCCACCGUGGUGCCGCUAACCUUCUGGCCGCAUGGCCCGGGGCCGCAGUUCGUUGUGGCCCACCUACCGCGGGGGCCUCCACUGCACGCCCACUGCUGCCCGGCCGCUGCGUCCCUGGGUUCCUCCGUCUCCUCCCUAUGGGGCUCUGAGAUGACCGGCCAGACUACAGCAAUGAAUUGGUGGCCUAGCAACCUCCAAAGUUGCCAAAACAAAGGGGAUUUGGCGAUGGAGGCCUUGUUGGAAGGAAUACAAACUCGGGGGCAUACUGGGGGAUUUUUGACAUCCUGUGAAGCAGAAUUGCAAGAGCUCAUGAAACAGAUCGAUAUAAUGGUGGCUCAUAAGAAAUCUGAGUGGGAGGGGCAGACACAUGCUCUGGAGACUUGUUUGGACAUGCGCGAUCGGGAGCUGAAGGCUCUGAGGAGUCAGCUGGACAUGAAGCACAAAGAGGUUGGAAUAUUGCAUCAGCAGAUAGAAGAACAAGAAAAAAACAAGCAAGAAAUGGCUCUGGAGUACAAGGAGGAGUUAAUGAAGCUGCAGGAGGAAUUAAGCAGACUGAAGAGAAGCUAUGAAAAACUGCAGAAAAAGCAACUAAGAGAAUUUAGAGGAAAUACCAAAAGUCUGCGAGAGGAUCGGUCUGAGAUUGAGAGGCUGACUGGAAAAAUAGAGGAAUUCCGACAGAAGUCUUUGGACUGGGAGAAGCAGCGUCUGAUUUAUCAGCAACAGGUAUCUUCUCUGGAAGCACAGAGGAAGGCUCUAGCUGAACAGUCAGAGAUAAUCCAGGCUCAGCUUGCCAACCGGAAACAGAAAUUAGAGUCUAUGGAACUGUCUAGCCAGUCAGAAAUUCAGCACCUGAGCAGUAAGCUUGAGCGGGCUAAGGACACCAUCUGUGCCAAUGAGCUGGAAAUAGAGCGCCUUAAUAUAAGGGUCAAGGACCUGAUGGGAACCAAUGUGACUAUCCUGCAGGAGCAGCGGCAAAAGGAGGAGAAACUGAGGGAGUCUGAAAAGUUACUAGAGGCUCUGCAGGAAGAACAGAAAGAGUUGAAGGCAAGUCUUCAAGCUCAAGAAAGCUUCAUUCUUGAUGCAAAAAUGCAGGAGAAACUGCAAACGAAACUAAAGGCAGUUGACACUAAGCACUCGGUAGAAAGGUCUCUGGAGGACUGUCAGGUGGAGAGGAAGUACAGCUCUUCAGGGCAGGGAGUCUUGGAUAAUGUGCUCUCCCAGUUGGAUAUAAGCCACAGCAGUGAAGAACUCCUACAGGCAGAGGUGACUCGUCUUGAAGGCAGUUUGGAAUCUGUGAGUACAACAUGUAAACAGCUGAGCCAAGAGCUAAUGGAAAAGUACGAAGAGCUGAAGAGGAUGGAAGGGCAUAACAAUGAGUACCGGACAGAGAUAAAGAAGUUGAAGGAACAGAUUCUGCAGGCUGAUCAGACGUACAGUUCCGCCCUGGAAGGAAUGAAGACGGAAAUCUCCCAGCUAACUCGGGAGUUACACCAGCGAGAUAUCACUAUUGCUUCUGCCAAGUGUUCCUCCUCAGACAUGGAAAAGCAGCUGAAGGCAGAGAUGCAGAAGGCGGAAGAAAAGGCCGUAGAGCAUAAGGAGAUUCUGAGUCAGCUGGAUUCUCUCAGAUUAGAAAAUCGCCGUCUCUCUGAAACAGUGAUGAAGCUGGAACUGGGCUUCCACGAGGCAAAAGAGAUUUCACUAGCAGACCUUCAGGAGAAUUAUAUUGAGGCAUUAAAUAAAUUAGUGUCUGAAAAUCAACAACUACAGAAAGAUCUGAUGAGCACCAAAUCUCAGCUGGAGCAUGCUACUCACAUGUGCAAAAAAAAAGAUGGCAGGACCUUUAACCCAGCACACAGCAGAACAGCCGGGUUCAAGAAUGCAGACCUUAAGUAAAGUUUCUUAAAGUCUCUCUGAAGUGUGUGUGCUGCAGUGUCAUUUCCUGCUUUGAGAAGACUUUCUGCCUUAGAGAUGUGCAGUCGUCACAGGCCCUGGUUUAACUGACUGCAGGGUGCACAAGCCACUCAGGUGCUUCAGCCCCUGUUUGCAGCUUUUGCUCUGUGCACCCUGACUGUAGAUGGAAACCCCAUCUUGUUCCCCAGAGUCUUUUCAUGCUGCCCCCCCCCCUUCAUCACACCUGAUCCACAAGAAGUAAAAUGUGGCUUUCUUUAAAAAGUGCCCAUUGUAUUUUCGAUCAAUUAAUUUUAGGUUGUUACCAUAAGAAAGGUUAUUUCAGUGAGAAGCCACCUGGCUUUAGUUUGUUCUGUGUAGCUUGGGUGUUUUCAUAGCAGAAGCCUUUGUCGGCACCUUCACCCCCACUCUCACCCACAGUGACACUAUGUGUUUUCUCUGUGCACGGGGUGCCCGGGCCCUGUUCCUUCUGAACCAUAGUGCAGCUCGUUUGGACUCUGCUGGGAUGGAAGCAUGGGAGCAGAGCCUGAGUGAGUGAGGAGCACUUGUCUCCAAGUGGCUGCUCAUUUCUAAGCAAGAGUCUGGCUGCUUAGCCCCUUAUGAACAUGCUUCUUUCAGCGUUUAUUGGAAAGACACGUUGCUACAGUUUUUCAUUGAUUUUGUUUUCCAAUCUG